CAGCCGAAUUGUGGCCUGUGUCUCGGCUAGUCGAACAGCCGUUACAUUCGAAUGUCGCUUUCUAGCAGUUAUGGACUGCUUGAAAGCGAUUAAGUGGCGUUGCUGUCGCAUCAGAGACGCCCAAACGGAAGGGAAAACAAACGGUUUUUGAGGCAACAAAAGCGUUUUGUGAAGUUUUCAUGUAAAAUUCUCCAGAAAGAAAUAGGAAGUGUGGAAAAUAGACAAAGUCUGGUGAAGAUAAGCGUGUGAGUGGCUCUGUGGUGCGUGGAUUUGGUUUUUGAGGUGAGAGAUGGCUCGGAAGGAAGGAAAGAUGCGUGUGGCUGUCCGGGUGAGGCCCUUCAGUCGACAGGAAUUGGAGGCCAAUCAGAGGACAAUUGUCCGCGUUAUGGACGGACAGAAUCUACUGUUCGAUCCGGAGGAUGAUGACGAUGAGUUCUUCUUCCACGGCUCCAAGGUGAAGCACCGCGACGUGACGAAACGCGUCCGGAAGAAGAUGCCGAUGGAGUACGAUUACGUGUUUGGGGCGGAGGCCGUUAAUGCGGACAUCUAUGCGACGUGCAUGGAGCCUCUGAUCGCCUCCGUGAUGGAAGGCUUCAACUGCUCGGUGUUUGUGUACGGCGCCACAGGUGCCGGGAAGACGUUCACGAUGCUGGGCAAGGAAGGCACGCCUGGCAUCACUUAUCUCACGAUCCAGGAGCUGUUCCGGCAGAUGGGCGAGCUGCAGCAGGAGCGCAAGUUCGCCAUCGGUGUGUCCUAUUUGGAGGUGUACAACGAGCAGGUGAUGAAUCUGCUCACGAAGGCGGGACCGCUGAAGCUGAGGGAAGACUCAUCGGGCGUUGUGGUGUCCGGGCUCAGUCUGAAGCCAAUCUACGACGCCAAGGAGCUCAUCGCGCUUCUCUCGCAGGGCAACCAGAACCGCACGCAGCAUCCGACGGACGCGAAUGCGGAGAGCAGCAGGAGUCACGCAAUCUUCCAGGUGCACAUUCGCAUGGAGGACUUGAAGACGAGCCAGAAGCGCACAGUGAAGCUGUCUAUGAUCGAUCUGGCGGGCAGUGAGAGGGCCUCCAGCACCAAGGGCAUCGGGGUGCGCUUUAAGGAAGGCGCCAGCAUCAACAAGUCACUCCUGGCCCUCGGCAAUUGCAUCAACAAGCUGGCAGACGGUCUGGAUCACAUCCCGUAUCGGGACUCCAAUCUCACGAGGAUCCUGAAGGACAGCCUGGGCGGCAACUGCCAGACCGUGAUGAUCGCCAAUGUGUCUCCUUCGUCUCUCAUGUACGACGACACGUACAACACGCUGAAGUACGCCAGUCGUGCCAAGAAGAUCCGCACGACGUGUCGCCAGAACAUUCUCAGAUCCAAUUUGCCAGUGGAGUUCUAUGCGAAGAAAACAGCGUGUCAGGAGGAGGAGAUCCAGCGCCUGAAGAAGAUCAUACAGCAGCAAGAGGAGAAGAUCGCCGCCCAGGCGAGUGAAAUUAAGAGGCUGGAAGCGACGAAAGCCGCUCAUGUUGUGCAGGAAGAAGCGACUGUGGUGAUCAAGAGUGCUUCGCUGGACAAUCAGAAGAUCGAUCGGCUGUAUCAGGAGAUCAGUAGUGUUACAAACACACUGAUUAAGAUCAAGAGGAAUCAGAAUAUGAUGAUUCUGAAGGCCAAAUUCAAGAAGAACACCGAAGAACAGCGCAAGAUACUCACUUUGGAUGGCGUUCAGGACACUUCGGACAUUUCCCGCUUGGAGGCUUCUAUGGACAAGUAUUCGCGCCAAAUGGACGAACAGAAUGGAAUAAUGAGCGAGCUGAUGGACAAGUAUAAGACGCUGUGGGAUGAGCUGCAGGUGAUGCGCAAGGAGGUGCAGGAGAGCAAUGACCACGAGAUACUGGUGGUGCACAUGAGGAACAAGGAUCUGGAGCAGAAGAUCGUGUCGCAGGAUCAGCAAUUGCUGCACAUGGAGAAAAUGAUUUCGGUGAUGAGGAAUGAGUGGGAAAAUGCGAAGAGUGCUUUGCUGGUGGGAUGUGAACUUGUGCAACAGAUGUUCCUCCUGAUGCGGGCCAACAACAAUACCAUGGAUGUGAAUCUGAAGCGAAAGCUGCAGCGACUGCAGAAGCUGAUCGACGGCAAGGCGAGCAUUAAGUUUGCCGAUGAGGAUCAGAAUGACUCCUUCGAGGCGCUGAGCAGAGUUCGUGUUCUGGAUUUUGUUGGUGGCGUGGCCGGUGGGAAGAGGUUGCAGGAGGCGGAUGAUGCCAUCUUUCGCAAUCCGGCGAAGCGGAAGCGCCUCAUCAUGGAUGGAACUGUGCCUCCGGUGCCACUUUUUGCCCCGGCGAGCUCCAGUGGUGCAAAUAUUCUCAGUGGAGUUGAGCCUCUUGGGGAGGAUCCACCGCACGAGCCGGAGAUGAAUCACACCUUCCGUGUGUCAACCGUGUUGACGGAUCAGAAGCGCAAUGUCACGGCGCAAACAAGUGGUCCGAAUGGUGUGAAUCUCAAGAUGAAGUCAUCUCCGAAGCGCUUCAACAAGGUGAACAACGAGAACAAGAGGAUGUCACCAUAUCGCAGCAAGAAAAGUCCCAAGAUGGUCAGGAAACCAAUUGCACCUGUUAAAGGAUUCAGCCAAGCGACCAUGCGAAAUCGACAGAAUAUGCUGGAGAAGAAGGAUUCAGUUAUGGCAAAAUUCUGGAAAUAAAUAUUCCCACGUCGAUUAAUAAUUCUAAAUUCUUCAUUAAGUGCACAAAAUUUCAAUUCACUACAUUCAAAAUGUUUAUUUCUAUUUC